AUGAGGAUCCACGGCGGCUGCACCUUUGCUCUGGUCUUCUGUGAAGCUCUUCUCUGGUCCCUGGUUCUGAGCAGAAGUUCUACACCAGAUGUCAUCUCUGCAGGAGAACAGCGCCCCCGUGUGGCCCAGAGGUCUCUCCUCAGCUGUGACCAUUACUGCCUGAACAAUGGACAGUGCGUGUUUCUGGUCGAGCUCAACGUGAACCACUGCAAGUGUGAGCUGGGGUUCCAGGGCAGUCGGUGUGAAGCCCCGCAGUUGGUCAUGAAGCCGAUGAAAGAGGAGCAGGUGGCACUCAUUGUGGUCUCUGUCUUCCUGUUGAGUGUGGGCCUCGGCGGAGCCCUCUACUUCUUCUGCAAAUGGUACAGAAGGAAACAUCUGCCGAAGGGACGGAGGUACUCAGCCGUAGAGAGCGCCUGA